GACAAACUGAUAUGUGUCAUGUUAUGCUGCUUCGUAGAAAUGUUUAGUUUCAGCUGAAACUAGAGCAAAGUUAGCAACUUCUUGAGGUAGCAGUGACCUAUAUCUAUAUUUCUGUAAAUCUUCAGGACCGAAUUUCCCGUAAUCUACCAUACACUUGUGAUUUUACAGGAGAAAAAAAAACUUUGCGUUGAUUUGUCCGAUUCUUUGAUUUGUGAAUGCAGGUCAAUGAUGCGCUGGAAGUAAUGCUCGUUAAAAGACUGACGGCAUGCUGUGUCUUUAACGAGCCAGAAGAUACUCCAGCGGGGGGGUGGCUCUAUACCAGUAAGGGUGAAGCGCUGCCGCAGAUCGGCCAGGGAUGAGAUAAGCGCGAUCCGAUCCGUUUAGUUCGGAAAUAUUCUGCGCUAACCUAGUCGCCACAUCACCUGGACGCGAAGCGACAUCUAUCAAUACGAGACGCCGAGAUAUAAUAAAUGGAAGGAGGACAAGGUUUUGCAUUUGGAAUUCAAAUGUCAUUGGGGAAGACGAUAUACUGGAAAUAAUGGGGAAUACUACACCGAAACCACUUAUAGAUCAAACAUCAGCCCCCUUCUCUUGACUACCUGGCAUGACUGCAGGUGUGGGAACUGAGGUUGAUGGGAAAUGGAGUGGGGCCAAGUGCUCCACCACGGUGGGAGACGGCGUGAACACGAAACCCUGCAGAGCGAAGUCGUCUGUACAAAUAGCCCUGAGGGACGUCUCUCCUGAUUGCGUAGAGCAAUACCUCCCAGUCCGGUCUUCCCAGCUCCUGGUGGAGCAAAGACGUGGACUAUCUCGAGGUCCCUGAGAACCGGGUUGAGAAUCGGCGACCUACAGAUUACCUUACAUCGCCACAGAGCACUGACAAGCACGUAAAAUGUAGUAACCCUUUAGUUUUGACUUGUGACUUUGACUGUUCUCAGCGAUCGGGUGUCAUAUGACACAACCAUUGUUUUAUUUUUCCCCACGUUAGUAGCUGCUUUUAUUCACCUGAGGAGCUGGGAGGGAGCAAAAAUGCGGACUGUCUGUGGGUCCUCGAAGGACCGGGUUGGGAAACACCAGUGUGGAGUAUUUCAGCUGCAGCAGAAUGCUAACCUGCAGUACCGUCCAGUGGCCGGCAGGCAUUACUACACGCUACCCGGCAACAGCAUCGAGCGCCGUGUGCUGCCACCGCCGCUCAGCUUCAGCAUCGAGCCUCCCCGCUUCCACCCGCAUGCCAAGGGCAAGAACAUCCGGCUGGACUCGCAGCUGCGGCGGGCAGCGCGUAAGAGCAGCUUCUGCAAUGGCGUCACCUUCAGCCAGCGGCCGGUGCGGCUCUACGAGAAGGUGCGUCUGCGCCUGUCCGGCGUGCACAGCGGCUGGAGCGGCGCACUGCGCUUCGGCUUCACCAGCCUGGACCCCGGCGAGCUGGCCGCCGCUGACAUCCCCAAGUACGCCUGUCCGGACCUGGUGACCCGGCCCGGCUACUGGGCCAAGGCGCUGCCCGAGAGGCUGGCGCUCAGGGACAACGUGUUGGCCUUCUGGGCCGACCGACACGGCAGGGUCUUCUACAGCAUCAACGAGGGCGAGCCCGUGCUCUUCCACUGCAGCCUGAAUGUCGGCUCCCCCCUCUGGGCCAUCAUCGACAUCUACGGCAUCACGCAGGAGGUCACGCUGCUCGAGAGCACCUUUGCCGACAGCAUGAGCUCAAGCCGCCUCAGCGCUGCCCGCCUCAGCGCCUACCUGCCGCAGAGCAAUCACGACUCGGCCAACUACAGCAACAACCAGCUGGAGACCAAUCAGGCAGCGGCCGCCAAAAUGGCCACACUGCAGCUUGGCCACUGCAACCAGCUCAUCCCCUGCUGUUCACCGCCGUCCUCGUCUGCCGUGUCAGCCGGUGGGCCCCGGUCCCCGCGGGGCCCACCCUCCCCACUGGACACCGAGCUGCACUUCCACCCAGUGCGAGGCUCCGACGUCAUCCUGUCGGCAGACCGCUCGUCGGCCUGCAUCCACUUCCUGGACAGCAGUCGGACUCUGGUGUUCAGCGAGCGCCCACUGCGUGUGGGCGAGACGCUUUUCGUGCAGGCAGGCCACCUGGGCCUGCCCUACUUCGGAGCGCUCCUCUUCGGCGUGACCUCCUGUGACCCCGGCACCCUUCGCCCCAGUGACCUGCCCGCCGACCCUGAUGUUCUCCUGGAUCGUAAGGAGUACUGGGUGGUGUACCGGGGCAUCCCUACACCCAGCUCAGGUGACGUGCUCAGCUUCACGCUGCUGUCCAACGGGGAGGUUCACCACAGCGUCAACGGUGCAGCACGAGGGCGCCUGCUCUGCGUUGAUGCCUCUCAGGUCCUGUGGGUCUUCUUCACUCUCCACGGCGCCAUCAACCGCCUGCGCAUCCUUGGGACGGUGCAGUCCAGUCCCAUCUCCAGCUCCCCGUCGAGCUCACCGGGCGGAACCCCAGAUGACAGCGACUCGGACCUAGCAUUCAGUGUGAACCGGUCCUCAUCAGCUUCAGAAUCCUCACUGGUGACAGCCCCCAGCUCGCCUCUGAGCCCCCCCCUGUCGCCGGCCUUCUCCCCACUGGAGCUGCCCCUGACCAGCAGGAACGGCGAGUGCACCGUGUGCUUCGACCAGGAGGUGGACACCGUCAUUUACACCUGCGGACACAUGUGCCUCUGCAACGACUGCGGCCUCAAGCUGAAGAAGCAGAUCAGCGCCUGCUGCCCCAUCUGCCGCAGGCCCAUCAAGGACGUCAUCAAGACGUACCGGCCGUGAGGGCGACUCGGGCCGUGCGGACAGCUCUGGUCAUAUGUGACCCAAGCGCGGUCUGACCGCGGGCUCCUUUCUUGGCUGAACUUGUCUGGACUUCUCUCCCUGUCUCUUCUCUCUGUCGGUAACCUUACAGAAAUGUUACACACAACCAAAUCGGAGAGUCGGGGGUCUUUAUCACUACCUGUCUUUUUAUCGGAAACCUGCCAGUGCCUUUGACAGUCUGGUGAAAAAAUGUCUAUUUUGUUCUUGUACAUAAUACAUGUUUGACAAUCACGAUUGCUAUAUUUUUACAAGAAAAGGUGAAAAGAGUCAGUGGUACUUUUGACACUCAAAAAUGCGCAAAAGUUUAUUUUUAACCAAAUGAGAAGGAAGACGUGCUAAUUUCACAUAAUCCCAGACAUGUUAAUAAGGGAGAGAAUAAAGAAAGUGCUGUUGGACGGGGGGUAAAAUCUGUGUCCCUGGAACAGGCAGAUGAAACAUGUAGAUAGGAGGAAAAGUGAGUGAUGAGUGAAGAUCACCUGGAUACUGCUGUGUUUGGCCGGUCCGCCUCAUAUACAUGAGGAAAGUGCAGCUCCGAGGUAUUUUUGUCGGUGAAUGUUGGACAUAGUUAAUGUUCCUGCAUUAUUAGAGAAAACAUAGUAUGCAAAUUUAGGAAGCCAAAUAAGUAAAAUGCAGCAAAAUACUGUGAUUUGAGGUUGAAGUGUAUAGGGAAAUAUUCUAAAUACUUUUUGGUGGGCAUACAUUGCAGUUGAUAAAGGGUUAAGCAAAAGCUGAUGGACCUUUAUGAUUUGUGUAGUUGAAUUGUGGAAAGACAAGUCCUCCAGACUGUCCGUACUGUUAAAAGCAUGAUGGAGGCAAAUUCUUCAUCACCAGACCUGUAUUUGAUUCAGGGCUACAUGUACAGCCAGGUUCCUUGUGUUCUUAGCAAUCAUGUACAUGGAGCUGAAAGGAAAUUCUCAGCUACCAACAAAUCGCCAUUCACCACUAAGCCAGUGCAGUAGAUGCUUUUGAUAUUGGCAGGAAGAGACACAGAAAACUCUUUUGACAUUAUACAGAAAACACUGUCCAUGUCUCAAUAUGUUUCUUCUGUCAUGCUUUGCAUUUUGUAAGCAAAAUCUGGUUUUCAGCAAGUUCCUUAACUGAUACACUAUAUUCAUAGCAUAUAAGAUAGUUUUCAGUAGCUGUCAUUAAUUCACCAAACUAUGUUAAAAUAAUUCAGAAUUAGAGUGAUAAUCAGAAUGUAGUUUUUUUAUGAAUGGAGAAGUAAUUUAUUUCUCAAACACUUUUAGUAGUGCGUUUACGGGAUUUUUUUGUUGUCUUCUAAACAUAUUCCUGCUGGUAAAUUUCACAUAAUGGUCGCUGUUCCCAGCUGGCUUAGGUGAGAGUAUCUCAUAUUGCAGAAAUGAAUUGGGGCUCACAAGUAACAUUACACAGAUCUCCUUCAGUAAAUCCUGUUCCUGUUUUGUAGCCAUCAUAGUGGGACUUGUUUUUAGUGUCACCCAGUUGCUGUCCACCCUGAAGAGUGUGAGGGUUAAGAUGACACACUGCUUUCGGAGGCUGCACUAUGGUCCUGAGUGGAGAACUCUGCCUAUAAUGUCUCCCCAGCAGAAACGGGAGAGUAAAUCCUUACAGUGCCUUAUGCAAGCCUUUGCACUAUUCCCUGGGGAAAUUACAUGUUACACAAAUAUUUCACGAAUCACUAAAAGUACUUUGGCAUUAAUCGAGGGCCGUGCUACACCAUAUGCAAGGAAUGGGCAUAAAGCAUUAUACACCGAAAUAUCAGUUGAAAGAAAUUACAUGAACUCAUGUUUGUUUUACUGGAACCCAGUGUGGCGUACUGUAGUCUCCCAGCUGCUGCCAGAAUUACACACUUCAUUGUUUGACAGACUGGAAAGUCUCCUGUUUGUAGUAGGAUCCAAUCAAAAUGGUGAAGUAGGAGUAUUAAUUCUGCUCUGUGGGAAUUCAGAUCAAUAUCCUCUGAGGAAGCUAUAGAAAGGACUAUAGGCUAAUUUUGAAGCUUUUUUUGUCCACAGAACAACAUCCCAGCAAAUCAAAUAAAGGUUUUCCAGGCAAAAUCAAGUGGAACACUAGAGGGCAGCAAAGAGCUACAUUAACUGUGUUUGCGUUCCACAACUUUAAUACACUAUAUAUUAUCUAUAUCACUUUUCAGACAUUUCUCAGCUUAUAUAUAUAUAUAUAUGUAUAUAUAUUUGUGUGUGUGUGUGAGACUAAAUCACAUAAUGUUGCGUUACGCUUUGGUUUGUCUUAGAAUGCAGAGAAAGUGUGCAGGUUGUACUGUGUUGCGUGUGUGUGUGAGGUCAUUCAUUCGCAUGAAACAUUUUCCUUUCAGAACUGUGUUGAGCUGUGUGACAUUUUUUUGUAAUGCGCUGAAGAUCCUCUUAGUAUUGGUGUAGCACAAUGAAGUAUUUAAAGAACCUUUUUAAAAAAAUCAAAAACUAUAUAAACAUCGUCCAUAAAGACAGUGUCCAACAACAUAAGUCUAACGACGAGCAAAAAAUCCAGAGGUAGUUUGUUUAAAUUUGGUGUUUUGUUCUUUAUUGGAGUGAAAGUAUCUCGUACUUGCGUAUUAGCUCUCGGAAUAUCAUUAGCAGUCUAAGUCAUGCCCUAGCCUUACCACUCACAGACGUGAUGUCCUUCUCGUUGACAGUGACAGAUGACCAGGUUUUGUUUGGUGCCUUCCUGCUCCUCAGAUAACUUAUGGACUCGACGCAGUUUUGUUUGUAAGUGUGUCAGUGUGUACGUGUGCACUAAGAGGUAGGCGUCAUUUUUCUAUGAACCCAAAAUCUGGACAUUUUUUUUGUUUUGUUUGUAUUUACAGCACUGCAGGUAUGGAGUUACAGCAGAAAUGUCUGUAUGACCUUGAUUCUAACGUUCGGAGUCCCUCUGAAGACUUUUGUAGUUGCCACAGUUAAGCGUCGAAGCUUAAUUCUGCCAGAAAGCCUCAUAUGACAGAUUCACUUUAUAAAUAAUCGGCUGCAAGUGGUCUGAUUGAAGAGGAACAGCGGCACAGUGAUACUGGCCGAUAUAACACAGAACAACAGUGUCAGGCAAGCAAAAUAAAGGCUUCUACAUUUUUAUUUCCAUGAAUACUGCAGAAUUAUGAUGCUCUUCUAAGUCUCUGCUUUAGGUUCGUGUUGGUGACUUCAACAUGCAGCUUUAAUGAUGACCUUGUGUAGCAGAGAUACACUCACCUGGAAUAGGAUAAAUUACUGAGUGACUGAGCCUGCCUGCCUUUACACCCCAUCUUUUAUCCCCCUUUCUGAGAAACAAUCGGGUAAAAAAAAAAAAAAAAAAGGUAUAACACAAAAAUGACUGGAAGGGGAUUUUCUCAAAAUUCUGUAAUAAGAUACAGGCUUUCUAAUGCUUUGUGGCUUUAUGAUGUAUCUAUAAAACGAAACAGCAGCUCAAAGUUCCGCCACUCGAGGGAAAGAAGUCAAGCUAUUGUACUUAAAACACAAAAAACUUGUGAUUUGUGUUAUUUUGUUGCAUUUUCCCCUCCAUGGUAAAUAAAAUGAUGCCAGCCUAUUUAGUAGUCAGUUAUUAAAUACCGCUUUGGCAACAAUUAAGAUCUGCUGAUACAACUUAAACAUGUAAGAACUAAGAACAAGCGUGCUAUUUCAUUUCAGUGGGACUUUUAUUCUGUUAAAUUAAGUUAUGCUUUAGUAAUACUGGGAGAGGGAAUUGAAUCUUUAUUGGGAAAAUUGGUUAUCAGUCCUGGGAACACUUUCCUACAGACCUACACAAAUCUUGCGAUGAGCAUCAUGUGAGUUUGACAAUAUAAAUGCACUGAGUCUGGAAACAUGCUGCUAAAAGUGACAUUAUAAACACUGUUAUCUAAAAUGAGCUCCAUUGAAAACAAGCUGUUUUGAAAGAGCUGAACCACAUUAAAAUGUACUUAAAAUAUGUAUAAACAUUUCACUCUGGUGUCUGGAGUAAUUCAUGGAGAGUAGCGGGGUCUGCAGCAUGUCUGGAUAAAUGAAUUAUGUCAACCGCAAUUGAGGUCCUGGCAAAAAUAAGUCAGAUUUACAAAAAAAGAAUCUUUUGUAUUUGAAAGUGACAGUUGAUUUUGUGUUUUAAUUUCAUUCCUGGAAACAUUUUUUUGCUUCUGUAAUGGAAUCAUUCUGCACCUGUUCUGAAGCAGAAAAGAUUGUUAAAAAUGGUGGCUCAGUUCAAUAAAAGUAGCUACGAA